UCGGGCGUUUGUGCGUAUUUUCGCCCGUGGUGUUAAACUAUGCAUUUCCCAGCUAUGACAGGGCUCCUCUGCAAGCGGGGAUUUUGUGCAUUCCUCAAAACUGUCCGAAGACACGGACAACCAGAGUUUCGCUUCUGCUGCACAUCUGUUAUAUCUGGCAAAAAGAAUGUGAAUGGGGUGGAUCUGUUCUAUCAGAGGACUGGACAGGGGGAUCACGCAGUUUUACUGUUGCCAGGAGCUCUGGGAAGUGGCCAGACCGAUUUUGGUCCUCAGCUGCAGUCACUGGAUAAGAGUCAUUUUACUGUGGUGGCAUGGGACCCCAGGGGGUACGGACGCUCACGGCCCCCAGACAGAGAUUUCCCUGUGAACUUUUUCCACCGAGACGCCAAAGAUGCUGUGGACCUAAUGCAGGUGCUGGGUUUCCGGCAUUUCUCUCUUCUGGGGUGGAGUGAUGGAGGAAUCACUGCUUUGAUUGCCGCAGCAUUAAACCCCAGCCUCAUCAAUAAGAUGGUGGUAUGGGGCUCCAAUGCCUUCGUCUCAGAAGAAGAUCUCAGAAUUUACGAUGCAAUCCGCGAUGUGUCCCUGUGGAGUCAGCGUAUGCGACAGCCUAUGGAGGAGAUGUAUGGGUCCCAAUACUUUAGACAUACCUGGGAGAGCUGGGUUGACGGCAUCAGUCAGUUCCUUAAAAAUCCACGAGGAAGUAUAUGCUGUGAAUUGUUGCCACUGAUUCGCUGCCCUACUUUGAUUGUCCAUGGUGGGAAAGAUCCCAUGGUCCCCUCCUUUCACCCUCAGUACCUUUUGCAGAACAUCCAGGGCUCUCGUCUACACGUAAUGCCAGAGGGGAAGCACAACCUUCACUUGAGAUUUGCUCCUGAAUUUAACUCCCUUGUGGAAGACUUCCUUAAGGACUGAACAAGUCAUUGGCCAGUAAAACAAACACAUGUUUUUUGAAGUUUAUUCAGAAAUCCUUGUGCAAGGACCAAAUGGACUAAAUCAAAAAUGUUUUGCCCGUUCCAGAGCUGAUUCGUAUCCUUGUCCAAUUCACCCCUUUUAUAGUGUUUAUUAUAUGACAACCACGUAACACCAGCCAAAGAGGAGGAUAGGAUUUUUUACAUGUCACUUAUAUCUGUUAAUUCCUAUCAGAAUGAAAUGGAGAGUCUGUGAAAGGUAUCCAAAAUCUGCAAUUGCACAUAAUGAAUAAGGUAUUAUUAGCAAACAACUGAAGUGACACUUUAUCAAAUGCACGAUUGUACCAGUAAAAGCCAGUAUAUUACUUUCUGUCCUACAUCUGCUCUAAAAUGACUCUUGUUUGAAAGA